GGGGUUUGUGCGGAGCGCGUGUGGGUCGCCUGCGGACUCUGCGGGUCUGUAGGAUUUUGAAUUUCUGGCGCGGAAGCUCCGAGUUAAAGCUCCCCGGGUGGGAACUGAAGUGACGCCCUGAGGGAGCUGCCGGUCCGGGCGCUUCUGCCGCGGGACCCGGGCUGAGCGCGCACGUGUGAGCGCCGCUGAGGGAGUGCCCGGCGGUGUCGCCGCCAGCCGGGCCCGGAGCGCGCGUGUGCUCCGCGAUGCUGCGGCGCCCGGACUGCACCCGAGUCUCCUGCCGCUCGCCCCGGCUCGCCUCGCUUCAGUUCCGGGAAGGGCAGCGUCGCUGCCGCUGAGCCUCCGAGGGCAUGCCGGCGGGCCUCACGGAGCCGGCCGGCGCCGCUGCUCCUGUAGUCUCGAGCGCGUCGGGGGCCGUGACCAUGGCUCCGGUCGCCGCGCUGCCCGUCCGGGUGGAGGGCACCCCGGUGGCCCUGGGCCCUGUGACUAAGGCUCCUGUCAGUGUUUGCGUGGAGUCUGUGGCGCCCCAGCCCUUGCCAGCCCCAGUGGGGACUCUAGUGACCAAAGUGGUUCCUGUCACUGCCCUUCCUAAACUCGGCAGCCCUAGGCUGCCCGCUCCUCAGAUAGUCACCGUGAAAACGCCGGGCACCACGACAAUCCAACUACCGGCUAAUUUGCAGCUUCCUCCAGGAACAGUUUUGAUCAAAAGUAACAGUGGUCAGUUGAUGCUGGUAUCGCCUCAGCAAGCUGUAACAGGAGCCAAGACCACAAGUAACAUAACUCCAAGACCAGCAGUACCAGCAAACACUCAAACAGUAAAGAUCUGUACAGUGCCGAAUUCUAGCUCACAAUUAAUGAAGAAAGUAACAGUGGCGCCUGUUAAAAAUUUGACACAGAUAGGAACUACUGUGGCAACCACUGCCUCCAGUACUUCCUCAGGACAACCUGUGGCUCUACCAAGCAGUGUCAUCACAGUUACUCCUGCAAAGCUGGUGAAUACUGUAUCCACCCUGAAGUCAUCAAGUUUGGGAGUGUUAUCUACCCCCUCAAAUGACGCACGUCUCAAAGCUGAGACUUCAGUAGCUGCUCAGACUGCUCUUCCUCCGACAGUGCUAGAAAAUGUGAAAAAAUGUAAAAACUUCCUUUCAAUGUUAAUAAAACUAGCAUGUAGUGGAUCACAGUCUCCAGAAAUGGGGCAGAAUGUGAAGAGGCUGGUGGAGCAGCUUUUGGAUGCAGAAAUUGAAGCAGAAGAGUUUACUAGGAAACUGUAUAUUGAACUCAAGUCUGCACCUCAGCCGCACCUCGUCCCUUUUCUUAAGAAGAGUGUGGUUGCCCUAAGACAGCUUCUUCCAAAUUCCCAGAGCUUCAUUGAGAACUGUGUGAAGGAAGUUUCUGGUGAUGUGGUCAUUUCCUCCUGUACCAUGACAACAGCAACGUCUCCUGUGGUGACAAGUACAGUUUCCCCAGUCCUUGUGUCUGGAGCAACAGCACCCAGAACUCUGUCUGUUCAGCAGACCCUGAAUCCACUUGCUGGUCCAGGAGUAGCAAACACUGGAGUUGUGACACUGCAUUCUGUUGCCCCAGCUGCUGCAACAGGAGGUACGACAGCUGCAACUGUUUUGCUUCAAACUUCAAAACCACUAACAACAUCAGUACCAAAUACAGUGGCAGCAGUGUCCCUUCAGCCUGAGAAUCCAGUUGUGUCUGGGGCAGCAGUAACACUGGCUAUUCCAUCAGCAACUUUUGGAGAAGCGUCCGCUACACCUCUUUGUCUUCCAUCUGCGAAGCCUGCCAUUACCUCUGCUGGGACCAAAGCUGAUAAACCUGCCAUUGGCACUCCAGUCCAGAUCGUUACACAACCGAGCACCCUCCUUCCACAGGCGGCUGGCAUUCCACAGACAGCCAAAGUCAAGCAACUAGUUGUACAGCAGCCUUCAGGAAGCAGUGUGAAUCAUGUGACCUCCAUUUCCCAUUCCUCACCAUUGAGCACUCAGAACUGUGGGCAGAAGACACCAGUAAAUGCUGUGAUGCCUACUAGUAAGUUUCCUCCAUCUUCCAUCAUAAAGCAAAUUACUCUGCCUGGAAAUAAACUUUUGUCGCUUCAAGCUCAAAGAUCUUCUAUUCAGAGCAAUAAAAUAAAAGAGAAUGGACCAACAUGCUUCAGAGGUGAAGAUGACAUCAAUGAUGUGACUUUCAUGGCAGAGGUCAACCUUGAUGAAGAAAAUGCCUGCAUCUUAGCAGCACAUUCUGACUUUGUUGGCACACUUAUUCAGUCAUGUAAAGAAGAACCAUUCCUUGUCAUUGGAGCUCUACAGAAGAGAAUUUUAGACAUUGGUAAAAAGCAUGACAUUACAGAACUUAACUCUGAUGCUGUGAACUUGAUCUCCCAUGCAACACAGGAGAGAUUACGAGGCCUUCUAGAGAAACUAACUACAAUUGCUCAGCAUCGAAUGACUAUUUACAAGGGAAGUGAAAAUUAUAUCUUGUCUACUGAUACCAGAUCACAGCUCAAAUUUCUUGAAAAGCUCGAUCAGUUGGAGAAACAGAGGAAGGAUUUAGAAGAAAGAGAGAUGUUACUAAAGGCAGCCAAGAGUCGCUCCAAUAAAGAAGAUCCAGAGCAGCUGAGAUUAAAACAAAAAGCCAAAGAGUUGCAGCAGUUGGAGCUUGCCCAGAUCCAGUACAGAGAUGCUAAUCUCACAGCUCUUGCAGCUAUUGGACCAAGGAAGAAGAGACCACUAGAAUCAGGAAAUGAGAGCUUCAAAGAUAACCCUUCUACUUCUGGGACUUCCAGCCUAACAGCCACCAAACCAUUUCGUCCAAGAAUCACAAGAAUCUGCCUCAGGGAUUUGAUAUUCUGUAUGGAACAGGAAAGAGAGAUGAAGUAUUCUCGAGCCCUAUACCUUGCCCUUCUUAAGUGAUGACUCCAUCCAUCCAGACGCACACUGUUUACUGCCAAAGACGACACUGAGCGCACUGUUGCACUGUUCUGAACCCUCCCUUGGAGUAUGGAAGACCACUGCUUACACUGACAAGCUUUUGCUACGUCUUGUCUUUGUGGCCUGUGGGUUCAUGCCGCUGAGAAUUCAGAUGCUUUCUGAAACUCAGUGUAUGUAUACUUUAUGAGGAAGUAUCACCUACUGACCUGCAUUUAAAAUUACAAUAGCUAGGGAUUAGCUUUUGCCACCUUCAUUUAUUUUGUUGUUUCCACUCAGUAGCAAUGAGGUGCCUUCCUCUGAUACAGGCUGUAUCUAGAUGUGGGAUAAAGAAGGAGUCAAAAUAUAUCCUGUGCUGAGCCUGUCUCCUAGUGUUAGAUUUUAUGGUCUGCAGUUAGAGGUUACUUAGCUCAUGGUGACAGUUACCUUCUGUAGUUGAAGUGUGACAAGCUACAGAGUAGAGGCAAAGUCAACUUGAAUUAGUUGAGCCAGAAUUACAUAGCUGAUAAUUAUACAGUGAGGUUGCUGACUCUCUGGCUUCCUACACAGCAGUGUUUCUGAUACCUAGUGAGGGCCAUCCUUUUCAGCUAAGUAAAAUCGCUACUGCUAUACCUCACUGAAAUGUGGAAAAGGUAGAAAGUACUGGAAAAAAUAUAAGGCCUUGCAUUCAAAUUGACAAAGGAUGAGAAUGCUAUCUUGAAAUAGAUGUGGCUGCUCAGGGAAUGCCAAAGCUGGUCCUUGUUUUAGUGAUAGGGGAAAAAAAAAAGAAAAAAUCAUAGGUCAACCAAAGAAGAAAUCUGGCACACAUUUAGUUACAGUAUUUCAAAAGGAUGAUUUGUUUUUGUAUUAUUUUAAUUCCCAAGAAGGAGUUCUUUCUUUUAUAAAGAAUCUCCCAGUUACCCUAUGUUUUAAGCAUCUAGUGCUUUUCAAAUUUCUAACUGCUGGUAAGAACAUUUAAGCAGUAGGAUUCCCUUUGAAUUGUGUACUUAAGAGGUGCUGUCAUGUGUCUUGCUCUUAGGGGGUGGCUCUAAACGUGAGCAACACACUAUGUACCUCUCUCUGAGGAGGAAGCUGAUAUUCAAAGUACCUCCUCUCUCCCUUUGAAAUCUACUUGUGUACAUUAUAGCUGACAGAAAUAAUGGGGAAACUGAAAUCACAUACCGAAAGAAUGCCAAACUCUCCUGGGGAAACAUUUCAAGUAUGUCACUCUCUGUCCUGUUCUUCCCAUAGGGACUGUUAUGGCCACAUUCUAUACUGUUGUAAGAGUUUAACUGGCCACAAUUUUUGUUUUAGUAAGUUAUGUAAAAUGCCGUAAAUUAUGUAUAUGCUUUAAAAAGUACCUUACUAAGAGAUGUAUACCCAAAGUUGUAUAUUUAAAUGCUUAGCUUUAUUUUUUGUAAAGUCCAGCAUACUCCCACAUUUGUGUAAUCUUAUUGAUCUGAUGUUUAAAAUUAUUUCAAAUACAUUAUUUUAUGAUUAAAAACAAACAAAACUUUGCUCAGUCACUGUCUUUGCAGCAGUUUCUAUUAGCAGCCAGUCCCUGGAGGAUGCAGAUCUGCCUGGCAGUGAGUCUAUUAUUUAUUUGCAUUUGGGUUCUGUGAACAUUUGGGUUCUGGAAUUGCACUUAGAUCUAAGUUUCUAUAUCACUUCCUUUGAAAUAGUUGUAAUUUUGCCAACUAUUUGACUCAAAAAGAAAGCUAGACAUAGUCAUUAUGGAAGAUUUUCUUGGUCCAUUGAGUUUUUCUUACCAAGAUAUUCUUGUUCAAAAUGUGUAAUGUAAGCCUUUUGUAUAUACAUAUGUGUGGUGUAUGUAUGGUGCCAUCUCCUCUCACCUCUAUCUUAAGUUUGUAGACAGGCACUGAGUCUGGAGCUUACUCUUGGCUAGAGAGGCUGCCCAGCAGCCCCUGUGCAUCUUCCCGUCUCUGCCUUUGAGCUCUACGAGUUCAGGAGUGUACCACCAUGGCUAACAUUGUACAUGGGUACUGGGGAUCCGAACCUGGGUCCUUAAGCUCACCACAGCAGGCACUUUACCCACUGAGCCAGUCCCUAAGUUCCUUAAUGUACAUUUUGAAACUUGGGUUGUACAGGUUUCAAAACCUCUUAUACAGAGAAAAACAAAUGUGUGUAUCCGAGAUAUACACAGGUAGUUGGCAAAAUGGAGACUUUGGGGUAGAUUUGCUCGCCAGAUACAUUGUUUUUAAAUACACAGUAAUAACAAGCCUUUUUUGUUGUCAGUGGUGGUGUUUUGUUUUGUUUUGUUACGUGAAUGCUGUGGAUUCAGCUCAGGCUCUCACGUCUGUACACCAGAGACACUCCUACUCACUGUCACCUCCCUAGCUCCACUAAUCUUCUUCUUUUUAAAGAAGCAUUGGAAAUUUUAAAAUAUUUAUUGUCUGUGUGUCUGAUUUAUAGGCAUGCACGUGUAGAGAUCAGGGGACAGCUUACAGGAGUUGGUUCUCUUUAUUGUGGAGAUCAAAUUUGACCUGGAGAUCAAAUCAGACCAGAUCGUCAGGCUUGGCAACAAGUGUCCUUAACCUGCUGAGCCAUUUCACUGUCCCAACAAACAUUUUAAAACCUAUAAAAUUCUUCAAAAUUAUAUGUGGCAAAAGUUCUGUUUCAUUAGAAUUUUGUCAAGAGAAAUGUACUUAGAAUUAAGACUUCAUACUAGUGAUGCCAUUCUUCCAGCAGAAAACACAGAAAUGUUAUGGCAUAAUUUUUAGGAAAGUAACAGGACCAAGGUACAUGCUGACUUGAACUUUUCACUUUGUAUGUUGUAGAAUGAAUCCGUUCAGUGUGUGUACAAAUUUGACCUUAAAAGUUCCAAUUACAUUGUGCAGGGAUAAGCAUAUUGUGUCACAUGUCUGAGGAUAACCUGGUAGACAGUGUUUACUUUGUACCAUUCUUCUUGUGAUACUCUAUCUCAGUUGUCAACUUGGUGUGCUCUAGAAUCACAUUAGAGACAGGUUUCUGGGAAUGCCUCUGGGAAUUCUUUAGGUUUAUUGACUAAUCUAUAGCAUACACACAGCAUCUCUCAUUAUGUCAGGCUUGUUCCACUGUACAGCAAAUCCUUGGUGGUCAUCCAGCGGUACUGGCAUCUCCAAAAUGCUGGAGUCUCUGCAACUGGGCUGUACCUUUGCCACUGGCCUCUCCUGGGCUCUCUUCAAGGACUCUGUCCCUGACAUAUGGUGCCAAGCCUCAACAUCUCUCCAUGAGCCCUUCUAUCCUGGAUCUUCUACUGCAGCUAAGUCUAUACCUUCACCAAUGGCCUCUCCUCAGGAACUGCAGCACUACCACACAGUACAAAGACUCAGCUGCUCUCUGUGAACCCUGCACACCUUUAAAACAGUACUACCUGAGUGACUCUUACACUAACAACUUUAGUUAUCAGCACAUGAUACAUCUCUGGAUGCUUCAAGAAUACAGGUUCUAUGUGCUGACCCUGAGGAAGCACUUCCCAGAAGAUGACCCUGAGGAAGCACUUCCCCAGUGAUGCCAGUCUCUUCUUAAUCACCACUAAUUUCUCAGCUGCAGUUGACUGUUAUCAAUUGUCACAACAAAACAAAGGUUUUACUUUAGCAGCUCUGGUCUCCUAUUAAUCACAGCCAAUUCUGCUGACUAGUUCUGUGUGAAUUUGACAGAAGCUAGAGUCCUUUUAGAAGAGGGAACCCAAAUUCAGAAAAUGCCCCGACCAGGUUCAUCUGUGGGUAAGCCUGUGGUGUAAUUUAUUCAUUGAUGAUUGAUAUGGAACAGUUUGGCUCUCUGUGGGUGGUGCCACCACUGCACUGGUAGCCCUGAGUACUAUAAGAAAGCAUGCUGAACGAGUCAGUAAACAACACUCCUCCAUCAUGGCCUCUGCUUCAGCUCCUGCCUCUAGGUUUCUGUCCUGUUCCUGCCUUUACUUCCCCCAGUGAUGGACUGUAAUGUGGAACUGUGAACUGAAAUAAACCCUUUCCUCCUCAA